CUUAUAUCUAGCAAAAUAUGUAGUUUAUAUUAAAUGGUUUUAUUCUUGAGUAUUUUAGCUAUAUGUUAUAAUCUUUCGUUUGAUGCGGGAUCAAAGAAUUACAUGACCGUGUUAUUUGUUUUGUUACUAACGCGUACUUUUACUGACUGAUGCACAAACAUAUCAUUAUAAACAUAGUGUAAAGAUAUAUUAUAGUUCUUAUGUAUUCUAUGAAUAUUCGUUCAAAGCAUAUUUAGUUUUUAUUCUAAUUUGCAAAAUAAUGGCUGAAAUGUGCAGGUCUGAAAUAUUAGAAAAUAUUCAAAAGAAGAAAGACCAAGAUAAAGAUCAGCCGCAGAGUCCUGGAUUCCAGCAGCAAUUGCCAAAGCCACUUGAUAAACAGAUCCUAGCUGAUGUGCAGAAUGCUUUAGCCCAGCAUGUCCCAAAACUUAUAUCUUCAUCGCAUAGCUCCACUACAUCGAUUCAGUCAAAAGAGGAGACAACAGAAAAGACAAUAAAAGUUGCAAACUCAACUACAAUAACAUUAAUAGAAAACACAAGUCACAGUGUUGAAAAAGACAAAGAUAACAAUUAUCCUAAAAAUUAUUUCACAUUAGAAGCUAAAAAUGAUAAAAAGGAUGAGGCUAACAAAAACAGCAUUACUAUAACAAGAACAGCACCGAAACAGUCACCUGGUGGUAGUCAAAGUGACAGGCCCAAGGGUAACUCGAAAGCCACAAAGAGGCCUUUACAAUACUUAGAAACACUCGCAGAGAAAGCUGGUAUCACAUUCGAGGAUAAAUAUGAAGCUGCAAAUACACUUUUAGCUCUUGACAAACAAAACAGUACCUUCCGCAGACCGGAGAUUAAACAGCCAAAGCUUGAACCAGAAACUCAUAAUCAAGGUGAAGAAUAUCGUUAUAGAAAUCAAAAGGAAGAAGAUGAUAAGUUACAAAUACAACAGCAGAUAAUCCAACAGCAGCAGCAGCAGCAACAGCAAUUGCAACAGCUCCAACAACAGCAAUUACAGCAACAAAUCCAACAACAGUUGCAACAGCAAGUUUUGCAGCGUCAGGCUAUACAGCAACACUUCAAAAACCAACAAGAUCAACAGGAGCUGUUGCAAAAACAAUUUCAACAACAACAACAGCAUCACGCUCAACAACAAGCCCAACAACAGCAGCAGCAUCAACAACAACAGCAGCAGCAGCAGCAGCAACAACAACAGCAGCAGCAGCAGCAGCAACAACAACAGCAACAAUCACAACAACAGCAACCUAAAACUGAUAUACAGCAAUUAUCUCAGCAACAAGACCUACAGCAACAGAAAUUUCUUCAGGUUGUGAAUCAGCCGGUACAUACACAGCAGUUUAACGUACCCGGCAUCGGCGAGAUCAAUCUCAGUUUCCUCGCGUCACCACAAAAUAACGUUAAUCUACUUUACGAAAAAAAUCAAAAAACCAGCAUGAGCGGAGACAUUAAGCCGCAACAGAUAGUUGAUGGUCAGGCGCAGGUGGUUCAGCAGCAGAUCAACAUGUCUCAGCACGAGCCGACCCAGCACCACCAGACGGUCACAGUUGUGUCCUCGAUGCCAAGCAGCAUGGCACCACAUCAGGUGCAGCAACAGAGCUCUGGAGGGCUGCAACAACAGGCCGCAAUGCCGCCAUUACAGAGUCUGCCGAACACCCAACACCCGCAACAGAUAAGCGCUGAGUGGGGACACAGCCGCGUGCAGGUCAUCCAGCAGCCGCUGCAGAACAGCACGUACCUUCAACAGCUGUAUAAUGCUCAAGGGCCGUUACUGAUGCCGGGGAACAUAGCUUUGCACCCGGGAAUCAAUUCACCCCAGAUACAGGUCAUUGCUGCGGGGAAGCCGUUCCAGGGCAACCAGCUGGCUCCGCAUAUGUUGACGACCCAGGGCAAACAAGUACUACAAGGACAGGCUGCCCCGUUCCCGGGAUACACGACUAUCCCGGCUAUCCCGACAACCCAGAACCAGACGUUCGUGUUCAGUCCACUCGGCGUGAUCAACUCACAGUCGAGCAUACUACCAGCUCACUCCCAGCCGACUGUGUCUGGGAUAGGACAACAGCAAAAAACUUCUGACAUGCACAAGGUGAUGAGUGGUGGGAAGGUCGGUGGUAAAGUCGGUAGCGCGGUGCCGGUGCAGGCGCAAUGCGUCCAGGUGUCCCAGCCCGUGCUCGGCCAACAGCAAGCCCAGAUCAUCAGUCCGCUACAGACGGGUGGUCAGAUGCAGUUCGCGCCAUGGCAGAUAUCCGGGGCCCUGCCGCAAGUGUGGGCAGGAGGUCUGCAGGCGGGGGCCCUGCCCGCGGGGGGCCUGCUCGCCCCCAACCCUAUAUUCAUUAGGGGGACCCAACCCGACGCCCCAUCCAUGUUCAUACAACACUCACCACAGAAUAACGUUCAACACAACAAUGUGAGCGUGGCCUGUGCGACGGCGACCACGUCGAAGCCCCGGGCUUCCAGUGAGGGAAUGACGAAGACGUCUCGUCCUCUUUCCAACAUUCUACCAUCCAGCGGCAUCAGACCCGCUUCAUCUGUCUCCACCCAGACUAAUACUAACCAAGCACAGAAUCAGCAGGCAAAGCAACGCGGCAAGCCAGGCGUACGAUCCCCAGCACCGGCAGCCAAACAAGAUGCUGCUAACCAAACAAACAAAAUGCAGCAUCAAAUGCAGCAAACUAAACAGUUGCUGGUUAUGAAUUCUAGUGGACAGAUGGCUCAAAUUUCGAGCGUGUCGGAAAAACAGACGAUUAACAAGAACAUUCAGCAGCAGACAAUCAUACAGCAACAGCAGUCCAUUCAGCAGCAGCAACAGCAGCAACAACAGCAGCAGCAACAACAACAACAGCAGCAGCAGCAGCAACAACAACUACUUCAACAGCAACACCAAACCCAGAUUGUACAGCAUUAUCAACAACAAGGAAUGACUUUGGGCAUGCAGCAGAGUACACUUCCGGUUGGUUCUGUGUCCCAAACUUUGCCGAUGACUGGGAUGCCGCAAACUGUGUCUAUGGUGCAGCAAUUACACUCGUUGAGCGGUCUCGGCCAAACAAGUGCUUUAGUGAGUCAAUUGAACAGUACUCAACCACCAAACUCACUAUCCCAAGUGCCGUCACUUCAACAGCCACAGUUGGUGAGCAGUGGUCUCGUUCAGACGUCUGUUGGCAUGGCAGUUCAACAGCCAACCGGCUUGAGUCACACCACCCAGAUGCAAGCGGUAACAACAAACAAUCUAAGUUCGCCGCAACUGACUCUACAGGGCCAGGGGACGGUUGGUCUUCUAGCGGCACCGCUGCAGGGGUCCGUGCUGCCCUUGUCCCAGACCCUCUCACAGACCUUGACUCAGACCCUACUCCAUGUGAAGAGUGAGGAAGACAAGACACAACAAAUGCCGCCACCGCAAAGCUCCGUUGUUCCUCAGUCAUCACAGCCAAUGGAUACCAGCGACGCUACAUCAACAGUAUCAUCACCAAGUCCUACCACCACCACGGUCAGCGCAGACGCUGCUGUCUCUACCACUACCGCUUCCGGUCCAAAAACUCCAACUGACACUCCAAAACCGAGCCCAAGUAAGGAGUCUCCGGAACAACCAGCGACCACAGCUUCACCAGCCACCAGCAGCGCCCAGAGCACCACCUCUCUAACGCCACAGGUGAUGACAACUCUGGCUUGCUCUACAACAGCAACUGUUCCCACUUCCAUAACCACGCCGGUAACAAGUAACUCGCUGUUCAAACCAGCUCAAUGUCCUCCUCGUCAUAUCAACCAGCAGACAGCUCAUGAUAAAACCUUGCCGAAAGCCAUGGUGAAGCCGAAUAUACUAACCCACGUUAUUGAGGGCUAUGUUAUUCAGGAAGCUGGUGAACCAUUUGCUGUUAAUAGACCUCUCCGCGAGUGGGGCACGGAUAAGGAGCAGGACAAAGAGAAUAAACUGCCCUCAACAGACGAACCGCCCAGAAAGAAACAAAUGUUGGAAAACGGCAGUAGUCUACCAAGGAUAUCAUCAAGCAAUGAGUCCAGUGAAAGCUCACAGAGCUCCAAGUCUGAUCCCACACCGCAGCCCGAGGCGCCGUCGGAGGAGUCCCCGAAAAUACCCAACGCUAACAAGUGGACCGUGUCCGAGGUGUGCGACUUCAUACGCAGUAUCCCAGGCUGUGCUGGUUACGCGGACGAGUUCCUUAUGCAGGAGGUCGAUGGGGAGGCUCUGCUGCUCAUUAAGCCUGAACACCUGGUUAUGGCGCUCUCUAUGAAGCUGGGACCAGCACUAAAGAUAGUCGCAUGCAUUGACUCGCUGCGGCCGGAAAGCGAACAGACAAAUGAUCAUGACUGAGGUUUAUUUCCAAGCUCUUUCAUAGAGCUUUGUAAGAUCUUCGACGAAGUGUUUAA